AUGAAGAUCACGGCAGCACUGUUGGCGGCGCUUGCCGCCCACGCCCUGGCAACUCCAAUCCAAGGACGUUCGCCCUAUGUGGUGAAGGAGACGCAUUUCGUUCCCCAGGAAUGGACCAAAUUGGAGCGCUCCCAUGGAACAAAGACGAUUCAGCUGCAAAUUGGUCUCAAGCAGGGACGAUUUGACGAGCUCGACCGCCAUUUGCACGAAGUGUCUGACCCUGACCACCCGCGAUAUGGCCAGCACCUCAGCGGCGACGAGGUAGAUGCGCUUGUCGCCCCUACUUCUGAGACGUACAAGCUUGUUCAUGAAUGGCUUGCCGAAAACGGGAUUAAGGACUUGGGCUACAGCUCCGCCAAGGACUGGAUCGUCGUUCAUCUUCCUAUCGAAAUGGUCGAGCGACUGUUGGAUACGGAAUACCACAACUACAAGCAUGAGGAUGGCUCCGUCGUGGCCCGUACGACUGCCUGGUCGCUUCCUCGCCACCUCCACGACCACAUUGACGCUAUCCAGCCGACGACGUCGUUCUUCCGUGGUGCUGCGCAUGCGGCUACGUAUGUGGACAAGGCUGUCACGGUUCCCGCGAGCUACAAAGCUCCCACGAACCAGACCAUCGCCAGCGUUUGCAACGUGACUUCUGUCACGCCCGAGUGCUUCCAGACCUUGUACUCUACUAAGGGCUACAAGACCCAAGCGAGCGACAAGAACUCCAUUGGAUUCACCAACUACCUUGGCGAAAUCCCCAUUCGUCCGGACACCAAGCUCUUCUUGCAGAAGUACCGCCCCGAGGCCGUGUCUCAGGCAUACGCCUUCAAGCAGUACUCUAUCGAUAACGGUCCCGUUCAGGACACCGGUUUGACAUACAACCAAUCUACGGUCGAGGGCAUCAGUCGCGAGGCCAACCUCGAUGUCCAAGCUAUUUCUGGCAUCAGCUGGAAGACCCCAAUCACCAGUUACUCGACUGGUGGCUCGCCUCCCUUUGUGCCAGAUCUUUCCACGCCCACAGACACAAACGAGCCAUACCUUACAUGGAUCAACUGGCUGCUCGAGCAGAAGAGCAUUCCCAAGAUUAUCAGCACAUCAUACGGCGAGCCUGAACAGUCGAUUCCCCGCUCAUAUGCUGAGCGCGUUUGCAAGCAGUUUGCUCAGGUCGGCGCUCGUGGCACAACUCUCUUCUUCUCCUCCGGCGACUCCGGUCUUGGUGGAACGAACAAGUGCUACUCCAACGAUGGAACCAACACCUACCGUUUCCUGCCCAACUUCCCCGCCUCCUGCCCAUACGUCACCACAGUCGGUGCCACCAUGAACUUCGAGCCCGAGGAGGCUGUCUACCGCGCGGCCCGCAACACCUCCACUGGUUUCCACGAUCUGUAUGCUGGUGGCAGUGGUUUCAGCAACUACUUCCCCCGUCCUUCUUACCAAGACAAGGUCGUUCCUUCUUACGUCAAGGCUCUGGGUACCCAGUACGAGGGCUUCUACAACAAGACUGGACGUGCUUACCCGGAUCUUGCAGCCCAGGGCUUGUACUUUGCCUACUUCUGGAACGGAACUGAAGGUGCUAUUAGCGGAACUUCUGCGUCCACACCGCUCACUGCUGGUAUCUUCGCCCUUGUCAAUGAUGCGCUGCUCGCGGCUGGCAAGCCAACGCUUGGCUGGAUGAACCCCUGGCUGUACAAGAAGGGCCACAAGGGCUUGACCGAUAUCACCAAGGGCACCAGCCAUGGCUGCAACGUUGACGGCUUCCCAGUCACUAAGGGAUGGGACCCAGUUACUGGUUUCGGCACGCCUAACUUCCCCAAGCUUUUGAAACAGGCGGGUGUGAAGGGCCACUGA